AUGCUCUCCGGGCCGCUAGGUCCCCUGCGCGGCACUUGUCACGCGACGCCCCGUGACUUGCGCCGCGCUCUGGGUCCUGUCCCGUGCGGAGCACAUCCGCGGCCCGCGGUCACUGAGCUCCAGUCCCGACGAGGCGCGAGUGCUGCGCGGGGCUCUGCUUCCCCAACUCGAGGUUCGCCUCUUCCUUGUCUCUCAGCCACGCAGCCACAUCCCGACAUCCCGACGAUUCGCCUUCCCUGGAGCUCCCGCUCGUUUCCUUGUCUUCCCCCCCCCCCCCCCCCCCCGGCACGAGCAGACCCGGGGUCCGGUCCGCUCGGACCCCGAGCCCCGGCGCGCUGGGACGCCGGUACCAGCAGGUCCGGCACCAGCCGAGGGCCGCGGCCGGCGCUCGCCCUGCUCCUAGAGCCCUCGGCGGGCGCGGCCGGCCGGCUCCGCGCCCCGUGCCCUCGGAGGGGGCAGGAAGACAGGGCGACCGGCUCCGCCGCGCCGCGCGGCUCCCACCCGAGGCUCGACAACCGGGACGGCUGGCCGGCCCGGAGCGGCGGCGCGGCCCGCAUCCCGGGACGCAACACGCCGGGGUCGGCGGGGCCGGGGCUCGCUUCCAGACGGCCGCCCUCCGCGGAGCCGCGGGCCGCCGGACCCGCCCGCCCGCACGCGCCGCGGUCCGAGCCCGCUCCCGGGGCCGUGCCCGCCGCGCACCCGCGCCCUGCCGGCCCGCACGGCGGCUCCCGACCAUGCCCGCCACACAUUCUCACACCUCCGCGCGCCGGCCCGCGCUCGCGCCUGCGGUCGGGCCCCGGGCCCUGUCGCGACGGCCAGGCCCCGGCCUCGUCUGGGACCGACCCCGCUGCUCACCGGCCCGCGCUCGUCCGGGCCCACCGGGCAGCGGGCGCUGCAGUCGGCCGCGGGGGUCACGGCUACCUGGAGCCCGUCUACCAGCUCCUCUCUGCCGGAAAACUUCCUAUAGCACAAGUGGCUUGGGCACACUUCCGGUUUCCUGUAGGGCUCCUGCAAAGCCCCGACCCCCUGCCCCCGUCGCACUCCUGGUCUGAAAGCUGCAAGACAGCAGAGUCCAUGGAGGAAAGACUGCCAGCUGCCCGCACCGUGAUGCCGGGCGCUCCCCAUCCUUCCCAUCGCUGCCCCAGCACAGCCCAGCGGGUGGCUUAUGGGUUACAUGCUCCAUCCUCUGCCCAGAGUUACCCUCCUCCCCCCUGCCACCACCUCGGUCACCGCUAUGUCUGCAAUGCCUCCCACGACAAGACCCUGUGA